AACAAUACUAGAGAUGGACCUGCGAAUCCCCCUGCUUUUGUUAACUAUCGCUGGAAUUGUUUAUUCAGCAGGAAUACCUUCAUGUGUGUAUCCGUGUGCUUGGAGAGGUAAUGCUAUUCCAAUUUUGAUAGAAAGAGAUGGUAUCUGGAUCAACAAUAGACCAAAUGGUGGUACUUUUACAAAUACAUCUUUACCAUAUGGCCAACAAACAGCACCAUCUGCUUGCAUCAUGCGUCAUGGGCCUUUCUUCCUUGGACAAUUAUUGGGAGGGUUUGCCUGCUUUAAAGUCAUGGAAAUAUCUGAUACGGAAUGGUACUACUAUGUCGGAGAAGUUAUCGAGGAUCUAAAGGACUUCUGUACUAUGUGUGAUGGCACCAAAAUGAUUGGUCCGAUAUAUAUGACUGACAUACCAUCGUCGUCCGAUAGAACGAGACAAAUUGGCUGUACAACACCUUAUCAAUGUCCAAGAACAAGCAAACAACAGGUUCGCUGUUCUGACGAUGAACCAUUUGGCAGUGGGAUGAACUGUAAGAGGCAACAGCAUUACAGACGAUACACCAACGAGGAAUUAAAGGACUUCUGUACUAUGUGUGAUGGCAGUAAAAUGACAAUUCAAAGAGGAUAUGAAGGAAGUAUUGACUUCUAUAGUGACUGGAAUGAAUACAAAACUGGAUUUGAAGACAUAACAGGAGAACAUUGGCUUGUUAUGCAAUCUUAA